UGCCUGUAAAGACAUGGACUGGGCAUGGUCUGACAUCUCAGUGUGAGGAACCAGAGGAUGGAGCGUUCCAACUUUCCAGUGACUGUGGAGUGCCAGAUCUCCUCUCCCACCUGCAGCUACAUGAUGGAGGAACUUUUAGGGGCCGGGUCGUUCGGCGAAGUGGUCCAGUGUAGGAAGAUGUCAUCGGGCGAGACUGUGGCUUUGAAGGUGAUCAAGGACAGCAGUAAGAUGGAGGACGCCAAGGAUGAGGGGCAGUUUUGUCUGGAGUUUGAGAAGCUCGACAUGAGUCUCCAUCAGCUGCUCGAGUGGCGCCUUCCUCUGUCAGUGAUGGAGAUCCGACCUGUUCUGCAGCAGUUGACGACUGCGCUGCAGUUCCUGAAGAGUGUGGGGAUUGUUCACUGCGAUCUGAAGCCAGACAACAUCAUGGUUGUGGACCACCUGAAAUUGCCGUUGAAGGUGAAGGUCAUCGACUUUGGCAUGGCCCUGCAUGCCUCAGAGCUGUCACGGGGAAUGACCGUGCAGAGUAUGUGGUACCGAUGUCCCGAGGUGCUACUGGGACAUGAGUGCACAGAGGCCAUCGAUGUGUGGUCUCUGGGCUGCGUCGGCGUGGAGCUUCUGCUCGGCCGAGCUCUGUUUGAUGGCUCUGAUGAGUACAGCAUGCUGUCUCAGAUCAGCACCACACUUGGAAAGCUGCCAGCGAGCCUCCUUGAUGCCGGCAUUUUCACGUCAUGCUUCUUCCGCAAGAAAGCCAAGAAGUGGAGGUUGAAGAACCGAGCCGAAAUGGUCACGACUUAUGAUGGCACUCAACCUUUAAACAAGCUUUCAGAUCUGCUCGAGGUUCAUUUUGUGCGACCCAUCAACUGUAGUGACGAGGACUGGCGUGCUAUGCAGUGUGACCUGGAGAUCUUUGUGAACUUAAUUGCUACAAUGCUCCAGAUGGACCCGAGCAAAAGGUCAAGGCCCUACCAAAUUCUGGAGCAUCCGUUUGUUACCAUGAGGCACUUUGAAGGAAAAUUCCCAAACAGUGCUUACGUCAAACUCUGGCGCGAUUGCAUGGAGGUUGGUCAAACAUGUCAGAACAAGGAGACCUCCGUGAGGCCCAUUUGGAGCAUGUCAAGCUUCACAUGUGGGGAUCACACUACUGGGCCCAGGAUGUUAGACCAGUCGGCCAUCACGAUCAAUUCCUUGCCUGCAAGCAACAAUGCUGUCAGGAAAAGGAAACAAGAUGAGGAUGACGAUGAAGAGAUCGCGAGCCGUGCUUCAGCUGCAAGUAAAAGGAGCAGCAGAGAUGCAGAAGUCAUUUACAUGUCCUCAAUUGACAGCUCCAGGAAGGGCGGGGGUGACAUGAAACAUCAGCCACACAAAAAACUCCUCCACUUAGAAUGUGGUGAUGCCACAAUCCAGUGGAACAAGAACCAGGCAGCAACACAGGUGCACAGUGUAAAAAAAGCAGAGGGGAAGAUCUGUGAAUUGUAAUUCAAUUUUUUUAUUGUGAUAUUGUAUUUAUUUAAUCUUUCUUUUUAUUUAUUAUUCUACUUUGUUGUGACGUGUAGUCACCACUAUUUAAGAUAGUUUUCCCACAUCCAUCCAUUUUCUCUUAUACUUGUCCUCAUCAGGGUUGUCCUUUUUCAGAUGUUUUUUAAAAUCAAAUUUAAGAAAGUUUGUGCUAAGACUGAGACAUUGUUGAUAGUUUAUUUUUUUUUACCAUGUAAUUCUACCGUGUUCAUUUGGACUUGUACAGGAAUUUCAAAGAUUUCUAUUUUUAUAUCAAGCUACAAUGCUAACUUUUUGGGAAUCCCGUAGAAGUAUAGCAGCUAAAAUAGAUUAUCCAAUGUUUCGAGUAGCCAGAGUAUUUUUAAAUAAACCUUUUUAAGAAAGCAUGUUGCCCUGGAGCCUUGAGUAUGUGAAGUUAAAGGAAAGGAGCAGUGGAAACAAAUCUCAUGUGCUCAUAAGCUCUUGACAUACUGUUCAUUUGCCAUGCAUACAUAGUAUGGUUGGGUCAGUUUUGACCACGGGCAAAAAUAUCAGAUAUCAUAAAUACCAUAAUAAUUGCUUACCUGAAAUUAUGAACCACAUAUCUUUUCAAAAUUCUUAGCCUGUCUGACAUUAAUAAAUGGAUCAUUAAUCCUUAGUGUUUCAGACAAAAGGGAAAGUGUUUUUUUUUUUAACACCACUCAUUUUUGGAUUAAAAAAAAAAUCUGACAAUGUGAUGUCCUUUUUUUAUGCUCAACCUUACGCUGUUCUUUCAUUAUUUCGAGAUUU